AGGAAAAAGUUGGGAGAAAGAAAAGAGAGAGGGGAAGAAAAGAGCUGGAGAGGAGAAGUGGGGGAAACAACAGACAGGAAGGAAGGGGAGGGAGACGUCUUGGGUGGAGGGAGAAGAGGUGGUGUUUAGGGGGACAAGUUUGCUCUUCUGGAGGUACUGGAUGAGGAAAACAGAAUGAGUGAAUGACGGGACUUUACGGAGCCAUUGGAGGUUUUUCGGAACCAUUUUCCACGCGAGCCUCUUUGGACAUGUAUACAGAAGGCUCGCAAGCAACAGGACACCAGCGAUUUCUCCAGCCCAACGGCACCGCUGGUCUGUGCCCCUGCCAGCGCUGCGCCCGCCAUGGUGUACCAAGAUACCAAGCAGCGUCCUGCAAACAGCCAGACCACCCACAUCUGGAUGGCCCCAGAGACACCCAGCCUCUUUGGGUUAAGGACGCAGGGGGGAGGGUAUCCAGAGGCAGUCAUUACAACCCUCAGAGACGGCCUGUGUUUCUGGGCCCUCUCAGCCAGUCAAGUGACUUGGCCCGAUUCAGUCCCCCAUGGGAGUUGAAGCCUGCCCAGUGGAGCCACUCGCCGGAGCCUGGCACGAGACAUUGCCCAUCUUUCAGGGAGCAGUGUGACUGUGUGACCACAUACAACCACACCAGGGCAAAUCCCUUUCACUUCCAGAUACCACAUCCACUCCCUCAUCUGCGGGUCAACGGUCAAGCGUAUGGAUAUAGCCGGACUAUGUUCUAUGAUGCAUUUGUGGACGAAGGGGAGGAUGGUUCUGCUUGCACCCCACAAAAUGGCAAUUUGGAUCAUCCCUUUCCCAUGGUUAACGGACACUGCGCACCAAAGCCUGGACCCUCAAAGCGAAGAGAUACCCAUUAUGACUCUGGUGGAUCAAAUUGUAAUGGACACCCUCACAGAGGGUUCUUCCCAACGGAAGUCCCACAAAAGCACUUGAACCGAGAAAAACCGAAGGGGAUUUUCAUCCGAAGCCCAGUCGUCAUCAGUACGGAAGCGCCAGUCUCCAACCAGCACCAGUCCCAAGGUUCGGAAUUGGGGAAGCAACCAAGAGGGCAGGAUUCAGUGAGGGAUCAGAUUCGACAAGUGGUGACAGAUCUGGAGGACGUGUUGGGGGGUUUGAAGCAAGUUCACGUGGAGAUGAAAGAGGUCAUCGAGCAGAUUGAUCAUCUCACAGCCAAUAUGGGCCUCGGCGAGGAGCCUCAAAGCGUUGCUUGUGGGUCGUCAAGCAACGUUCACGCAGCUGCUCAUCGAGGGGAACUUGCAGUGUCGCCCCCAUCCAGUCGCAAGGCCGCCCCGAUCGAGUGGUCGAGGCGCUCCGACGAGGAGUGCAUCAUCCUGAGAACAAACUCUCCAUCCCCAGUUCACAUGGCAUCCGUGGUCAAAACCCGCUGCUUCACUCCGCCUGGUCACACAAAGGACCACAAACAUGUAAAUGGGCAUCCGCCUCUGCCGGACCAUGAUUACAAAGCGGACAACCUGGAGUUCCGUUCGCAGAACCUAAACCCUGAAAUUGUCGUGGGGAACAGCACAACGAUGCACUCGAGGACUCAAAAGCCUCCGCGGUAUCCGCAGAACGGGCGAUGCGGCAAAGACUCGCACGCAUCUAGCAAAGCAGCGAGGACCGCCGAGUACGCCUGGAGGGGCCGCCAGAACAACAGCAUGGUGUGAAGAAGGGGAGAGGUGGCGGUGGCGGCCUGCCCUAGUGCCAUGGGGGGCUCGAAACAUGAUACCCUGCGGCAGCAAGUGGAGGUCAGCGUACGACCAAGCAGGAGAAAAACUCUUGCAGGAGUAGCUGUGGAGUGUGGGCUCCGGGCGGGGAUAUUUCUGAGCAGAAAACUCACCCCGUGGAAGCUGUAUGAUUCCGGUGGUGCCGCGCCUAAAUAAGUUGACGGAUAAAGGACAACCAAACAAGCACUACAUGGAUAUGCGCUGAUUUCCGGCAGGAUACGCUCCCACGGCCAGAUUUGGUGGCAAUAACACGCCACGGCACAUCUGGCUGGGAAGAAAUUAAACCAUUCAUUUUCCGUACAGUGUGAGAGGCGGACCAUGGACAGAUCAACUGCUUAGCCAGAAAUCAGAAAAAAAUGACUGAUGAAAUACGGGAGCAGUUAUCCAGUUGUCCGUUGGCCUUUGGCAAUCACAAAGAUGUGUUUCCUGGACUGAGAUCAGGAGUUGUCCAUGAGACGUAACUUGGGGUUCAGCAAACUGAUUUUGAAUAAAUUAUUAUGUCAUAUUAUUAAAAACAAAAGUGCAUAUCUACACAUGGUGACGGGUGCACCAAUAAAAUAAACAUACUGAAUCAAUUACUCUUCCCGAACUUAGCUUUGAGCCAAUUAAAAGCUCUGAUAUGAUUGUGAGGUAUCACAUAAAUCUGACAUCAUUAGUGUAUCCAGCGCUCUCUCACGCUCUUUUCUCAUGACGAAUUGUGCAGGUGAGGCAAGGCGACCACAGCAAAAUAGUCGCUAGGGUUUUCGGAAAAGUCGAUAAAUAUGGCAACCAAAAUGCUAUGUUGGCAACACUCUGCGUUUGCAAACUAGUUCCUCUUGGUUCACUGUUGUUAUAUCGAUAAAUAUAAAAUUUAAGUAAUCUCUACUCUAGUGCACAGCGAUGAUUGACACCUCGUCGGUCACGCCUUCUGUCUCUGAUAUUUAAUUUUCCUCAGGCAUGGUGGAUUCUUAUAAACAAACUGGAAACAUGUCCUUUAAGUUCCUUUUUAUUCGGUCAUUAAUUUUUUAGGUAGAACCGUUCAAAAGAAAUAAUUCCUAUAGUAUUUAGAGGUACACAUCGUAGUUAUUUUUAAUUAAUUGAAGUUAGGAUGAUGAGGAGUUCCUUGGAAAAAUUGCUCCCUGGACCUGGAAAAUUUUGGGAACUCCUGUACUAUUUAACCAGAAAAAAGAAAAAUGACUUUGGUGAAGUACAGGCUCAUUGGAUCUCCAGUGAUUUAUCCGUUCGUCGGCCAUCGACAAUCAGGAUCUAGGAUGGUUUUCCUGGCCUCGUCGAUGUUAGCUCGUCCUUGUUAGCUUGCACUUGUGGUUCACCGCACCCACUCAGGUUUUUACUCGAACAUUUGCCCCUUUGAGACUGCCUAACUAAGAGGCCUUUUCACGUUUUUUUCCUGGCUCGCUGUCCUGUGCGUAAGCUACCGAUACGUUGAAGUCCAAGCUGUGGAAUUUUCUGGUGUGUGUGGUGUAACGGUAUACCCCAAAACAUGGUUCAAUACGUUAAAUGAGUCGAAGUUUGAUUAUUCUUUUUUUUCAAGCUUCAGUCUUGACAAAGGAGGUACGAGGGCCAGUUCAUCGCUGCUUGCAUCUUUUAAUUAUACUCAACUUUUUAGAGUCUGUGACCCAUAAUGCUUCCACCUGUGUCUAUAUGCAGAUGUACAUCUAUUUAAGUACUUUAAGCCAAUUUCAAAAAUUGGCAACGUAGCACUUGAACAUACCAACUGGGCUAAUUUAUAGGCAGCAUGAAUAAAUGCACAACCACAAGGGGGCAUUCAAGCACUUCAUUGGUUCGCAAUUUCUUUACACCAAGUAACACCUAAAAAAGUCAUAGCUCUCCAACUGCCAGCACCAUGACCAACAUUAAAAUGCAGCCCUUAAAAUGCUCAAGUGUUCAUCAAAAACUAGACAAAGGUUAAAGUUGCCUAUAUUGAACAUUAUUGUAAGCCAAAGUAAAAUUAUUUUAACAUUAAUGCUGCACUUAAAUAUAUAUAUAUAUAUAAAACUGUACUUAAAUAACUCAGUGAAAAUGUAUCGCACACAAACGUUAUAUUAUUUACCUAAAUACAUCUUUAAAAAUAAAAAGUUCUUCAAGAUUAAAGGCAAAUGUAUUGAACUUAAAGUUAAAUACAACUGAACUUUACUUAGACAGUGAUUCUUUCACUUACCACUAGAGGGAGUUUCCAUACCAAUGACUUGUACAUAGGAUAUAAACAAAGUUAUCUUUUAUGGCAUGAUUAAUUUAUUGGUUAUCGGCAAACAGAGGCAGCUAGAGUGAAUGCAGAAGUGUAUCGUUAAAGCUAUUUUUAAAAACAAUGGAUUUUUUUGUUGUGUUUUGACUGUGUGCUAGAUAAGAUGGAAGGGCAGUCAGCGUGAGUUCUUCUGUGUGUGUCUGUUCCUCCAAUAAAUCAUUUUGACAUCUCAAUUUACCGGCGAAAGAGACAAUGUAGCGCUGAAUGUCCCACAUUCUAACUUUGAAAUAAAAAGAAGUGACUCUAGCAUUUCAGUGUCUUUG